AUGCAGUCGUCCAAUUUGGCCAUUACCAUCACAAGCUACAAAUGGGAUAUCACGAAUCCGCCGAAUAAUCCUACCUACGACGCUAGCAAAGCAGCUGUCAUGAAUCUCGCUGGACAAAUGUCGCUUGACUUGAGGAACAUGGUCAUAUGGGUGUACUUUCUGGUUCCUGGUUGGGCCUUUGCCGAAGGCUCGGUUUCAAAGUCUGGCGCGGAGAAGUCAGUGGCCGCGUAG